AUGUCCAAGCCCAACGACUUCAGUCCCUUGGAAGCACCAGAAGCCUGCAUCCGACCCAAUGCACCCAUGGACGAAGAGAUGACGAUGGCAGCGGUGGAAUUUGUUAACAAAUUGGUGGACCUCGGGGUUCUCAGAGACAUCGACAAAGGUCGCAAAGUUCUUACAAACGCACCAUUGUUCGUUGUUAGCAAGGACGGUCAGCCGGGGCAGUGGAGAGUCAUUGCCGACAUGCUACGUGGAGGUCAAAACUAUUGUGUUGGACAGGACCCCGUCUUCAUGCCCAGGACCGCGCACAUUGUUGACCAAAUGUACACUGGAGGAUAUUCAGCAGUGGUCAACCUCUCCAAGUUCUUCUACAACUUCCCAACGCACAAGGAAGAUUGUCCGUACCUUGGACUUUUGCAUCCACGCACCAAGGAACUCCUUGCUUACUGUGGCCUGGCAAUGGGAGCAAGAAACAGCCCAGCUAUUGCAUGCCAAAUCGGACUUGCGUUUGUCCGCUUGGUCAAGGAAAAGUUUGCAGUGUUCAAAGGAGCGGCGAAGGCUAACUGCUAUUGGACUGGUCUACGAGAUAAUGGAUUUGACCCAAAACUUGGAUAUAGUUUUAUUCUUAUGGGACAAGACGGCGGCGCGGUACAUAUUUGGGUCUGGGUCGAUGACUUCCUCAUCCAUGGACCCUCCCACGAGAAGACGGCACAAGGCCUCCAGUUCUUCCUGGAUACGGCAGUGGAUUGUGGAUUCCUCUUUCACCCUAAGAAAUUGGUCCACCCGAGCGGGACCGGGCUUUGGCUAUCUGUAAAUACCUGA